AUGGAGCUGUACACCACAAUAGAUUCCACCUUUUUGUACAGGUGGCUGAGAUAUGCCGAUCAGAGGAAGCUGCUGCAAUUCGACCGUCUGGCCGCCAUGCUUGGCAAUUAUCUUUGUGAUGACGCCCACUGCUCUUACCUCUCCCUUGAAACAGCAGCCAAGUUUUGGAGAAAUCUGGCACUGGCCUUCCCUGAGCUGAUUGACUUUCUGGCCAUGUCGAGCGAAGAAGACCGUGGCCAGUUUGUGCACAUUGUCGAGGUGCUGUACCGCAACUUCUUCCUGACCAAGCAGAUUGGAGAGGACAACCUGUGGAGUCACAUCGACUGGAAGGACAGGGCCGCGCUCAUGCAGUGGCUGGCGAUUGCCUCCCAGGAGGAGAGGCAGCUGUUUGGGUCAAUGAUUGCGGAUGGCGUGCGCCACAACACCGCGGAUGCUGCUGGGGAGCGUCUGGCCCGCAAGGCCGUCGUGGGAUUCUACAACGCACACUAA